AUGAGCAGAAAGACGCGAGACACAAAAGCCGUGGCCAGAGGGGAAGAGGCGGCCGCUCAGCCCCCGCGCGCGGCGGGGCGCCAGGCCAUCGACGCCACCCGGGCAGCGGCCACCAAACUUCUGCGACGUCGGAUCUCCGCGAGUGGCUGGGGCCCCGUGGGGUCCCUUUGCAUACUUCAGAGCCCGCUGCCCUUGCUGCCGGUCUCCACGCGCGCCGACUGCCCGGCUUUCCUUCCUCCUCACUUUUUGGCCUCGCUGUCCCCACUGUCUGUCCCCGCCCCUCGCGCCGGCUCCCGCUGCUGGACUUUGUGGCUACGGCUGGUAGGGGACGCGCGCCCAACAAAGGGACCUGGCUCCCGGCGGCGUCCCAGCGCGCGGUCCACCUCGGAUGGUGGAGAGAUGGGGGACAGGCUGUUCUGA